AUGACAACAACUAGAUCUAGGAGGAACGCUUCUGGCAAGAGCAACGUUUCAAAGUCAUUAGAGUCACUGAGGAGAGCAAAGGCUGGUGAGGAGAAGAGAUCAGAUCAGUUGCCAGACGAUGACGAUGAUGAUAACAACUCAAACGUUGAUCAAAGUGCUGCUGAUGAUGAUCAAGAGGAGGAUAAUGUCAGUGACAUUGAACAAGAGUUGGAGAGAAAGAGAAAGGAGAGAGACUUUGUUGUAGAUGAUGAUGGUUUUGGAUAUGGUGAGAGAAGUGAUGAGGAGGACCAGGUCGAUGAUUACAGUGGUGAGGAGGCGGCAGAGACUGGAAGGAGAAGGAUAAAAAAGAAGAAGACAGAAUCAAAGAAGAAGACUACAAAGACUGCUGAUGGUCAAGCAAAGUCAAAGCCUGCUGCCACUGCUGCCUCAAAGAAGUCUGCAUCCAUUCCACAGUCCACUCGUAUGGAUCAGUUCCUCAAUCGUUCUACAGCGGCACCAUCAACAACACAAUCAUCAUCCAGCAGUGUCACUACUUCGUCAACAUCACUGAGUGAGAGGCUACAAAAGGCCAAUCUGGUAAAGAACACUACAACAGUUGAUCCCUUGGAACUUUAUCUGGAUGACCUGCAGUCAAACCCCAAUGCAGAGAUGGACAUUGACACUAUCGAGGAGAAGAGACAUGAAUUGGAGCUUCAAAAGAUCAAGGACGAGAAGAGGCAACAGCAAGAGUUGGAGGAGGAGCAGCAGCAGCAACAGCAGCUCGAUCAACAAUCAGCGGCACCAAUCAAUGUCAAGGAUGAGCUAGUUGCCGAUGACCAACAACAGGACUCGGCCAUGGACUUUAGCUUUGAGGAUGUGGAUAUUCCUGCACCAGCCACCACCACUACCAAGCCAGCUGCUGCCCCCAAGUUAGACGCAAGGAAGGUGUUGACAAUUCCUUCAAAGGGAUCAAUCCAAACAUUGGCAAAGCCAGUCAAACUAUCAUUGGUCUCACCCAAGACAACCAAUGAUUGGUGGGCUGAGACUGAGGACAGUGUUGUUGAUCAACAAACUCUUGAGAACCUAUCAGUCUCUGAUGACUCCAAGGAUGGUCUUGAGUUCUACUAUUUGACAGCAGAAGAGGAUACCAAUGGUGGUGCCUAUCAGGGCAAGAUAUACCUGUUUGGCAAGGUGCGCCAGACACUCAAGGGUGGUGAGACUAAGUUUGUAUCGUGCUGUGUCAUCGUUGAGAGUAUGGAGCGCAAUGUUUUCUUGAUGCCACGAGACUAUAUGAACGAUGCCUCUGGACAACAAACAACACGCGAGCCAACUGAGGAGGCUAUCCGUGAGGAGAUCAAGUCUCUGAUGGAGAGCAACAGGAUCAGGGGUUGGAAGUGUAAGAAGGUGCAGCGCUCAUUCUGCUUUGACUACAAAGAGGAGAACAAGAGCCAAGCCAUUGGAAAGUACAACUUCUGGAAGGUCACCUAUCCAUCAACCUAUCCAGCACUCAGGAAUGAUAUCUCUGGAAGAACGUUCAAGGCUGCCUAUGGCAUCACUUCCACACCAAUCGAGUUAAUGUUGCUCAAGCGUAACAUCAUGGGACCAAGCUGGCUGCUGCUCAAGGGCUUCAAGCCAUCGCUGGAUAUGAACUCAAAGAUAUCCUGGUGCAGACUGGAGGGUCGUGUCCAGUCCUACAAGAUGAUUGAGCCAAUGGGCGUUGCACCAAAGGCUGCCAAAUCAACCACCACUGGUUCUGCCCCCAGGACUGCACUGCCCGCAUCACCACCAGUGGUCGUCAUGGCAAUCAGCACGAGGAUCGUCAAGAAUGGCGAUCAUCCCGAGGUCAUCAUGGUGAGUGCCGUCGUCAACGAGCAGGUCUCUAUCGAAGGUGCCACACCAACGGUCUCUCAGACACGUCUCAAGUACGUCACUGCUAUCCGUCCACUGACUGGCCAGAUCAUGCCCCACGAGUUUGCCAAGAGCGCAGAGAAGCGUCCAAACCUCACCAUCUGCAAGAACGAACGACAACUACUCACGUUCAUUGCCGACACGAUCAUCAGUGUCGAUCCAGACGUGCUCACAGGCCACAACAUCAUUGGCUUUGAUCUCGAUGUGCUCAUCCAUCGCAUGAAGGACAACAAGGUCACCAAUUGGUCCUACCUUGGAAGAUUGAAGCGCAGUGUCUUCCCCAAGCUUUCAUCAAACAUUGGUGACAACGAGAAUGCUUUCCAAGAGCGCAAGGUGACCACUGGUCGUCUCAUCUGUGACACGUAUCUCCUAUGCCAAGAGUUCCUCAACAAGGAGAAGAGCUACAAGCUAGUAGAGAUAUGCAAGAGUCAGCUACACAUGGAUAAGGCAGAGAUCAAUAUUCUGGGCAUUGAAUCAUAUUUCGUCACCGACAAGAAAUUGAACCUCUUGAUUGAGUUGAAUGAGAAUGAUUGCCAGGUCCUGUUCCGAUUGAUAUUCAAACUUCUAUUCCUUCCACUCACCAAGCAACUCACCAACCUUGCUGGUAAUCUCUGGAACCGAUCCCUUGCUGGUAACAGAGCAGAGAGGAUUGAGUACUUGCUGCUGCACAACUUCUACAUUCAAAAGUACAUUCUACCCGACAAGAUCUACAAGAAGGACGAGUCAUUUGGCAGGAAGAAGGCUGCCUACGCAGGAGGUCUUGUGCUCCCACCCAAGAAGGCCUACUACGACCGUUAUGUCGUCCUGCUGGACUUCAACUCACUGUAUCCAUCCAUCAUUCAGGAGCACAAUGUUUGCUUCACCACCAUCGAGAGGAAGCAACGAGAGGAUGGCAACCGAACCAUAAACGGUGGUUGGGAGGAGGCACAGCCACCUCCAGCCACCGUGCAAAAGGGUAUCUUGCCAUCGGUCCUACAACAUCUCGUAUCCAAGCGUCGCGAGGUCAAGAGACAGUUGGCCUAUGAGAAGGACGAUACACUAAAGCAGCAAUUGGACAUUAGACAACAGGCCAUCAAGCUGGUGGCCAACUCAAUGUAUGGUUGUCUGGGCUUCAGCAACAGUCGAUUCUACGCCCUUCCCCUGGCCGAGUUGGUCACCCGUACUGGUCGUGAGAAUCUGCAACGUUCCUCCGAGGUGGCAACCAAACUCAACUACGAUGUCAUCUAUGGUGAUACAGACUCCCUUAUGAUCUACACUGGUGUUGGUACCUACAACGAGGCCGAGGAGAUUGGCAGAGAGAUCAAGAAGAAGAUCAACGAUCAGUACAGGGGCAGUGUCAUGGAGAUCGAGUUGGACGGCAUCUUUAAGCGUCUACUGCUCACCAACAAGAAGAGAUAUGCUGCCCUCAUCGAGACCAAGGCCGACGGCAAGCUCAAGAGUGAGAUCCAAAACAAGGGACUGGACAUUGUCCGUCGUGACUGGUGUGAUCUCACCAAGGACAUUGGCAACCAUAUCCUCAAGCUUAUCAUGUCACCAGACGACUCUGACUCUAAAAACCUGCAAGUGCUGAUCAAAGAGUACCUAGAGGACAUUGCUCAGAAGCUUCGUGACGGUGCUGUCCCUGUUGAGAAGUUUGUCAUCACCAAGACUCUGUCCACAGCACCAGAGGACUACAAUGAUGCCGACUCUCAACCUCAUGUCCAGGUGGCCUUGGCCAUGAAGGCUCAGGGACACUUGGUGCAGGCCGGUGAUCAAGUGCCAUACGUAAUCACUGAGGGUCCAAACGAGUGGGUCAAGCGUGCCAAGAGCCCGAAGGAGGUAGAAUCGCCUUCGUCCAUUGACAUUGAGUGGUAUCUGUCCACCCAGAUCCUACACCCCACCUACCGUUUGACUCAGUUGCUUGGUAUUGAGGAGGUCCAGCUCGCAUCCUACCUGGGUAUGAGCACAACAAAGUACAAGUCAAAGGCCAACAGCACCCAUGACGAUGCUGCCGACAGCUACAACUCAGAGGUAUUCCGAGCAAUCGACGCUGACAAGAGGUUCGCCGAGUGCAGGAAGCCAAGAUUUGAAUGUCCACAAUGCAAUACAAAGGUGGAGUUCUCUGGCGUCUCUGUCGUGGAGGGUGAGAAGCCAGUUCGUCUCCAAAUCAUAGGCCUUGUGUGCACCAACGAGUCGUGCCAGCAAGCACUUCCACUACCAAUGCUCAAGAAUCAACUGGCGCUGAUCACCAGACACUACGUUCGACAACAUCAAGACUGGACGCUCAAGUGCCAAGAGUGUGGCAAAGGAACCAAGAACUACCGCGAGCUGUCGUACAGAUGCGUUGACUGUCCAGGCAAGAUGGUUCAGGUGUCGGACAGUAAGAAGUUGUUGCUACAGCUGGACUUUAUGCGACGAAUAUUCUCUGCCAGACUGAUCCAUGAGCGUUUUGGAGAUACUGCCAAGGAUAGCUUUGACACCAAACAACUUAGAGCCAUGAAGGAGCUCGAGUCUACAAUCCAGUCCGUGCUUGCAAUGAACAAGGACUACAGCCACAAUCUCACCUCUCUAUUGACACCCAAUCAACAGGACUCUGACUUCCUCUCCAUGAGACCAUGGUUAUCAAAGAUACAGUAG